GCGACAUCUCCUACACCACCAACAAGUUUGGGAACCAGUACCAGGCAAUCGUCAAGCUCGAUUGUAUUCAGGGCCAGGAGUACGCCGGGCAUUUGUGCAUCAAUCAGAAGGAUGCCGAGAAGUCUGCUGCGGAGCAGGCCGUCAUGGCCUUCUCAGCACAGAUGGCUGUCUUGAAGCCGCCAGUGCAGAAGGACAAGAAGAGGAAGCCCCGAACUCCAGAAGAAAUUGCUGAGCGCAAGGCCAAGCAAGAAGCGGAAGGCAACCCCGCCAUCACGCCCAAGACGCUGUUGAAUGCUUUGGUCAUGAAAAUUGCCAAGCGCUACUUGCAGAAGGGCGAGACUGUCUAUGAGACAAAGACCUACAACGGAGGAGGGCAUCAGGCAACAGUGAAGCUUUCUGCACUGCCGGGAGAGUGGAGUGAACGAAUGUGGGCGGGCCAUGUGUGCACCACCAAGCAGAAGGCUGAGCAGAGCGCGGCAGAAAUAGCCCUGGAAUCCAUCAAGCAGGACAAGGAUCUCAUGGAGGAGGCUGAUAAGCCGAAAGGUUUCGGCAAAGGUGGCAAGGGCAAGGGGAAGGGUAAAGGCUUCAUGUGGGAUCCCUGGCAAUGGGGAUGGAUGUGGGGCAUGCCUUCAAGUGAGCUUCCGCGCAAGGACGUGCUCACAGAGACUAUCACUGGUGAAGUUCUGGAGUGGAAGGAAUCGCAUGGCUGGAUCAAGGCUGAUAUGGAGAUCGACCACAAGGCUGCGUCUCGCCGCGAGGGCAAGAUUUUCGUGGGAAAGGCAGACGUGCCUGAGGAUGGUUCAUUGGCACCCGGUGUCAAGGUCAGCUUCACAGUGUAUGAGGACCCACGUGGCCUUGGAGCCAAAGAUUUGAAAAUCCUUUGA